UUGUUGAAGUAUCUAUCAGAGUCGCUGGAUAGGGAGCUAGCCCUGAAACACCUGGGUUCUACUCCCUCCAGGGACUUCCUCUCUAACCCCUGGCCAGUGCUGUAAGGACAGAGGUUUUUAGGCACCCAAAGAUACAGCUUGGCAUCUAAUAGGGUUUGCAAAGCACCUAACUUUCUAAGUGCAUUUGAAAAUCUCACUAGGUGCCUGAAAACCUUUGAAAAUCUGGCCUUUAAAAGGCUGUGUGUGCCUCAGUGCCCCACCUGUACAAUGGGGAUAACAGCAUUGCUCUACCUCACCGAGGGGCUGGGAGGAGAAACAGAUUAGACGUUGUGAUGUGCAGCCUCAGAUACCAUGGUGAUGAGGCCACAUAAAUACCACAGACAGAGUGGGAGCCUCUCUAUACAUGGCUAGCCCCGCUCUGGGUCUGACCCCGUCUUUUCAUCUACAUCCCCAAAUCUCCCCCUUUUCUGAAUGUAACCUUGGCUCAGUGCUUUGCUGUAUUUUUUCUUCCUCCCCUGUUCUCUCGAACACAACCCCUCCUCCCUCUCCCCCCUCCACAGAGGGAUUUCUCUUUUACAGGCUAAACUUCCAUACACUUAAUCCCCAGCCCUUUCUUAUCUUAAUCACCCAGCCUCUGUUUGUAAACAAAAUCCUGACUCCUUGCCCCAGGGGCACCUCUCCUGUGCACAACCUCACACUAACCCCGUACUGUAGUGAAGAGCUCCACCUGGGAGCUUGCACACCUCCUGUAUGAAACUGGGGGGGCUCCGGCCCUCCCCUGCCCCCCGAAUUGGCGCCCUUGGUGGGUUGACUUUAAGUAUCUCUUUCCGUAUAACAACACAGUAUAAGCCUAAAGCCCAGCCCAUUGGGAUAGUCCCCGCCUGCUUGUCUAAUUGCACUUUCACUUUUGAGUUGGGCUGGGUCGGAGCUGGUCUCUUGGCGGCUGCUGCUGGGCCUGGAUUAGAACCGGAACCAGCCUAGAACUUUGGACUUUGUGUCCUGCGAGCAGGCCCAGGGAAUUCCCCGGAGAAGGGGGCGAAGGCUCCAGGGGACGGACACCCCAGGACAGGGCGGUGGCACCAGGCUCACUGAGGCCUGAAGCUUGUUGCCAAUGAUCAGGACCUGGAGGCCGCGCUGAGCUGUAGAGGUCAGAGACUCCAUGCCCUGCGGGGGGCAGAAGCCCACACACUCUGCGGUCUGUUCUCAGGACCAUGCUCUGGAUUUUUGUCGUUUUCUUGAUAACACAACUGCCGCCUUCCGAAGCUGUAAAAUGCUACCCAGGCGAAUAUGAAAUAAAUGGCGAAUGCUGUCCCAUGUGCAGUGCUGGGACUAGGGUGGUCAAACAUUGUAGAGAAAGUAGCAGCACAACUUGCAUGCCUUGUGUGGACGACACAUAUACAGAGCAUCCCAAUGGCCUAACGGAAUGCAUGAGAUGUAAACUGUGCGAUGCAGGAGCCAGACUGAUAAUAAAAGAAAAAUGCUCAUAUACGAAGAACACCAUGUGCGGCUGCGACCUGGGGUAUUUCUGCAGGCACAUUGCAGGCCUGGACUGUGAAAUGUGUCGUCCCUCCACCAUGUGCCUGCCUGGCUCUAUGGUGAAAGAACCUGGCACAGAAUUCCGUGACAACGUAUGUGAGGUUUGCCCUGAUGGAACCUUCUCAGCAACCAACAUGUCACGCACCUGUCAGUCAUGGACCAAGUGUGAAGAGGAAGGGAUGGCAGAACUAAAGGCCGGGACAGCCACUUCUAAUGCAGUCUGUGUACAAAGAAGCCUUUCUGUCACAGCGAUAGCAUUGAUAAUUGCCCUGGCAGUUUUAUCUGUAUUUGCUGGAACAGCGUUCUUUUUAUGGCGGAGGAAGAAGAGGGAAACUGCACAGGAGACAGGGGCAUGUAACCUGGAGCCAAGCUGCUUAAACAUAUAUGAGAGAGACAAGGAUGAGCUAAGAGAAGAGGUUGUGAAAAAUUUGAUAUGGACUAGAAAGAAAGGGAGUGAUACAAACAUUCCUGUUCAGGAAACUACUAAAAACUCGAGCACAUCCGCCCUUCACAGCACCUGAACAAACACAGGCAAGAGCAGAUUUUUCAAAGAGGGAAGAGAAAAAGCCAUUCGUCAGCUCUGCAAGUGAUAGAGGAGGAACACAGAGAGGAGUCCCUACUACAGAUCUAGGGAAAUGGCCACCAGCACUGGUUUCUUCUGAAGGCUCAGGACUACUCUAGAAAAAGCUGAAUGAUCAAGGACAGAAAAUCGAUCAGAGUUUAGUGACUGGAUGCUUCUGAAAAUCCCUCUUCACUGGAUUCUAGUGAUCAUCAUCAAUGUAACUUUAGUCUCUCUGGCUAUCUCCUGUUAUUCUGAAGCCUUCCUCACUGACACAUUGCUAGGUGUGAUGUCAGCAGACUCUGGGCUCUUGGUUUCAUUCAGUAACUACACUUAAGCUUCCCUUUAUUCAUUAAAAUGUUUGAGAGUUCCCACUCACACACCACAAAUACUUAACCAGGUAUUCAGGAAUUUUUACUGAACCAGUUGCUCUUCCAUAUUGGACCAGGGGAACACAAAGCAUAUAGUAAAAAUGGAUUUUAUACAUAGCUUUAGUUUUAUAACAGGGCAGCAGAGAUGUUGUAUUGCUAUAAAUAUUAGCUCUUAAUAUACCUUCUCUGAGGGUAAGAUAAAAUCCCAGGUAAGAAGCAUGGUUCUUAAUAGUGAAGUUUGGAGGGGGGACUGCACCAUCUUGCUACCCUUGAUAAAGCAGCAGUCAGAUGGCUGGACAAUCUAGGUAUGGAUUUGUGAUGUGUAGGAAAGAAGAAGACCGUGAAGUCACAUUCACCCCAGAGCAACCUUCCUGUCAGUGGGGGUAAUGGGUUGUGAAGCUUCAUUCAUUAAUGUAUUUAAGCACUGCCGUGCUUGGAUGAGGGUCGUUACCACAGAGAAUAGCAGCAUGAUUAUUAUUCUGUGGCAUGGUAGAAGUGGGUCUUGCGGAGGGAUUUGAAGGAGAGUGCUGUGGCCUUUUCGAUGAGUCUGGAGCGAUGAACCAGGCGUACAGGAGCCGUGGAAGAAAGAGCCAAGGUGCUUGUGGGAGAGGCAGAUGACUGGGUGAUGGAGGCUGCCAUUGUGGGAGGCCUGGGGAUGCUGGGGGCGAUGCAGUCAGACAUAGGAGCAGGCAAGUAGGGAAAGGCUGCGUUAUGAGCAGUCUUAAAGGUAGGGAAGAGACCCUUGUGUUCUAUAGAGUGCAGAAGGGUGAGGCUACAUUAACACCAGUGUGUUAACCCUUGAGGGCUCAGCUGAUUACUAGUUCAUCAGUAAGGCAUUCCCUGGGAAAUAUCCCAUGGUCUUCCACCCUCUGACUUCACCCCCUCAACCAAGCUUCACAAUCAUCAUUACUGUGUACAGUAUUAAAUUGUUUAAAACUUA